CUUCAAUCAUGUGAAGAACAAGCUGAAGCUCAACUACAACAUGUUGUAGAAGUAGAAGUUUUCGAAGAUGUAGUCAGUAGAGAGUUAGAGUGCCUUCCAUUAAGAUAAAUCAGAAGCCCAUUACUGUAGCUUACUAAGACAGGGCCAUAAUCAAAACUUGCUUCAAGAUCAAGUUACUAAGUAUUGUAG